AUGCGCGGACGAAUCUACCCGCUUUCUCUACCCUCUUCCAACGUCCGUACAUCGUUCUAUGAAAAAGGCGUCGAUUGCCCCCGAAGAAAAUCGAGAAACGAUAAAUCAUCGGUUGUCGAGUUACCGGCCACCGAUACUAAUUCAGCUUUCAUUGCAGACGUGAUCGCGACACCGGUGGUGUACUCCGCCCAGACAUUGACCGGCGCCCUGAUAGGGACCUGCUUCUUCUCGCUGGUGGCCGGAUUCGCUUCUGGUUUCUGGUUCUCGCAGAGGCUACGCGGCGCCCCAUAUCCGGAGCCGUCCGAGCAACGACAGCAGCUGAACCGGCUGACCGAGAGCUCGGAGUCGCCGGGCUUCAACAACAAGUCGAUCAACCUGGUGCUGAACGUGCCGCCGAAGAAUCCGAACGGCUUGCCGCAGGACCCCACGGGUUCCGGCUCUUCUUCCUCAUCCUCAUCCUCCGAUCUCGCGGAAUCAGACGGUCGCAACGACGACGACGACGACGAGGACGACGGCAACGACGACGAUGACGAUCGUCCCGAUCGUAGCAGCGUCGAGAACGACGACGACAACGACAACGACGACGACGACGACGACGACGACGAUCGGCUGGCGCGUGUCAUCGUCGCCGGCUGCGUGUUCGAUCAGCUGACCAGACACGACGAGGACGCGUACGAGAGCGUGGUCAGCGAGGAAAGGUCGCUCGAGUUCCUCGCCGCUCACGUGCAGCAGGUGCCUUACGAUUCGCGAUCGAUGUCGAAGGUCACCGAUUACGGCAGAAGAUACGACCAACAGCUGGAGUACCAUUCCGCCUGUGAGUACACCGAGACAGCAUUGACAGAGCUGGCUAACGGGCUUCAGGAUUACAGCAGCAGCAGCAGCGCCAACAGCCUCGACGAUCUCUGCCGUGGCCAUCGGAGGAUGUUGAACGAUUUCAAUCGUGGCGACGAGUCGAGCACGCGUGAUCAUUACAUGGUGCCCACACGCGAUCCUCGGGAGCUGAACGAGAGGAUCCUGUCGUUGUUUAAUCCGCAGUUCCUGCCCAACUUCAACGACAUGAUCAUGUACGUGGCGAAUCAGUACGACGCCAGACGAACCCCGCCGCCCAGAUCGCGAUCGAUGGCCGCCGGGGAGGAUCGAUUGUUCAGGAGUUCCAGCUGUCGGAAGAAACGCGUUGGCGCCAGCUCGAUGUUCUUCCGGCGUGGGCUGGCGUACGAAACGGCGCGCAAGUGACACAGGCUGUCCGCUAUCGAAUUCAAGCGAACGAUACAGCGUUUGAUCACGCGCGAUAAAAUGUAAAAACGUCGAACGUGGUCGAGUAAGAAGAAGAAAAAGAAGAAGAAGAAGAAGAUGAUGAUGAUGAUGAUGGGGGCUUCGAUCGAUACGCGAUGGAAACGCGUACCGGAAGAUCGAGUGGAUUAAGCUUCGGAAACGGUUUUAUAUAUUCGCCGAUGCGUUUACUAUUGUGACUGUCCUUCGAGACGUCGAGAGAAUCUUGACCCGUACGCGUUCUCGUACCGGAGAGUCUCGUCACGAGUCUACACGAGAAGAAGACCACGACGUUGCAUGCGUAUUUAGUGUCGGCGUUACCUGAGAUAUCUU